GGAUAAAUCCAAGUUUCACUAAGUUAACGUUUACGUCGCAUUUGUUCUAGCUUUGUUCAGUUGUCUACAUUUUAGUUGUUUCCUUGUAGUAUAGAUUUUUAAAUCGGACAUGUCAGCUUCACUCCGGCCAAAGGUUGAUGUUCUCUUGGAAGCAUUCGAAGAGGAAAAAGAAAGGUGCAGUUUUGAAGAGUUUAAAGAGAAGUUAUCAUUCGACAGUAGCCUGGAAGAAGUGGAAAGGUUUAAAGCUGUAGUGGGAGCAGUCUGUAAAUAUAGCAUAUCGUCAGAGGAGAAUGGGGAGGAUAGUGACAUACUAGAAAUUGAAGGAAGCAAGGAGAUGUCCCUGAUAGCAGACAUGAUAAUCUCACAUCUCAACCACGGUUACCAUAGCAGCCCUUUCUUGGAUUAUGCCGAGGAGCAAAUGAUACACAAAAUAUUAGGUUAUGUGGGGUACGGUCCGGGAGCUAGUGGAGUGUUCCUACCUGGGGGGAGCUACUGCACUCUCAUCAGUAUGAUUAGUGCUAGAUACCAAAUGUACCCUGAUGUCAAGGAGACCGGACUCGACCAUCCUAUUCAGGUAAUCGCAUCUGAACAUGCGUGUAAAUCAACAGACGAAGGAGCAUUAAUGAUGGGAAUAGGCACAAACAAUGCGAUUAAAGUAAACUUUGAUAUGAUAACACCGAGAGAGCUGGUGGAUUUGAUCGAAAAAAAUAACAUUUUCAUGAUCAUCUCCACAUUCGAAAUCUCUGAGGAUGGAACUGUGGAUAAUAUAGACAAGUUUUCAAAGAUAAUGAGGAAGUAUAAGAUAUGGCAUCACAUAGAUGCCCGGCAAGGUGGCACAGCCCUUUUCAGCAGCACGUAUCGGUACUUGACAGAUGCGUUCCAGGACGCUGACUCCAUAACAAUCGACUUUCAAACCUGCCUGAAUCUAAACCAGCAGUGCAGUUUGCUGCUAGUAAAGGAUGGUGAACAACUCACCAACUGCUCAAGUGUAACCACGCCCUUCCAGAGCGGCAGAAGAACAGAUGGGUUCAAGCUGUGGCUUUGUGACCAACUUGAUGACCUGGAUCUUCACGCUAGUUCAAUGUUCGAGCGCUACCUUGAGCCGUAUGAGGCGCUCUCAGAGGAGUCUGAUGAAAGCUAAUAACAGCAGUAAUGAUCUGUUAAUUACGUUGUAUCACAUAUUUAUGUAAAUGAGAAUGUACACACCUAUUGACCUAUAUAGUAAGGUUGAGGACAGAAUAAUACAUUUCAUUGGUAAAGGCUUUCUAGUAAAUCAUAUUUUUAAGGCAUUUAUUAUUGAAAUAGAACAUUGAAAUUCUAUGAGUCAUUUUUAACAGAGCAAAGCCUAUAUUCGUGAUAUCAACAUAUAAUAUGCUGAUAUACAUCCGUAUUUUAAAAUGGCACACUUGCUAAAAAAAUUUGUAAUUAUAUAAUGUAUAUUCAACACAGCAAUGGAAAUUGUGAUUUGUGACCAUAGUAUACCUUUUAAAAGUG